AUGGAAGUGGAAAACAGUCAAAAACAACACGAAUUCGAAACCCCCUCGUCCUCCUCGGCUGCCACGCACCACUACUGCAAGGUGUGCAAGCGGAGGUUCCAUUGCGCCGGAGCUCUCGGCGGCCACAUGCGUUCCCACCACGCCGCCGCCGACAAGCCGCACCACCUCGAAGAUGAUUACGUUGUCAAGAGCUACCGGAGUAAGGCGGCGGAGGGGCAGAAGCACUCUUACUUCCUCCGUACCAACACUAACCGGUUUGUCUGUAAUCGAGAUCAAGAUCGUCAUUAUGAUAAUAAUAAUAACAAGAGCCUAGUGACAAUGCCCUCCCGAGAGGAGGAGGAUCUGGCGAAUUGUCUGGUCAUGUUGUCCUCCAAUGGACCAUUUGUUUUGGUGGACGAGGGAAACAAGGCUAAGGAAAUGGAGAAAGGGUUGUUCCAAUGUAAGGCUUGUAAGAAAGUGUUCAAUUCCCACCAAGCAUUGGGCGGACAUAGAGCGAGUCACAAGAAGGUUAAAGGCUGCUACGCUGCGAAGCUCGACAACGUUAAUAACGACAAUGAAUAUUAUUUAGACGACGGUGGUGCUGCGGCUGUGGGUCCCCAACAUUCCGAUUAUAACUCUCUCCCCUCUCCUCCGCCGCCGCUGCCGGCCACCGCGCUCUCCAGAAAGCGAUCAAGGGUGCAUCAGUGUUCCAUCUGUCACCGGAUUUUCUCCUCCGGCCAGGCGCUGGGCGGCCACAAACGCUGCCAUUGGCUAGCGUCGGGGAUGACGGAGGCCACUCUCAUACAAAACUUCCAAGAAAUCGCAGCAUACGAUCACAGCAAAUCGCCGCCGUUAAUCUUCAAGAACCCCGCGUUCAUGGCUACUCCUCCUCCUCACCCAUCGCCGCUGGAUCUCAACUUCCCACCUCUACUACCUAAACCCGCCGGAGACAUAACCAACGCCGGAAAAUCAAGAUUUGAACCGCCGGAGACACCAACAAGAAGCUAUAUGAAUUCCAAACUAUGGGGAACCGAGGAAUUCAGUAGUAUUAAUACUAAGAGGACGACCAACACCAAUCAUCACAAUCACCAUCAAAAUUCUCGAAACAACAUUCAAUUUGCUGAUGAGAAACCUAAGAUGAAAUCGCCAAAGCUAAGUGACCUAAAAGAUUUGAAAUUAGAUGGAGGAUCAGCUUCUGGGUGGUUGCAAAUGGGGAUUGCUUCUUCAACCCCAGACAUUGUUGCCUGCCAUGCUUUAAUUUGA